AUGGCUUCUUCUUUAAUAUGCAAAGAAACACAAAGCAGGGUUAGUUCAGUCCUAAACAGAGAUGUGAAGCAGUAUGGAAAGAAAUACAUGUUUGACAACAGUGAGGAGACGUGCUGGAACUCAGACCAGGGAGAAUACCAGUGGGUGUCUCUGGAGUUUCCCCAAUCUGUUAAACCCUCAGAAAUAAAACUUCAAUUUCAAGGAGGGUUUGCUGCUAAAUCAUGCAGACUAGAGGGGUGUCGGAUGCAAAAGGGAAGUCUAUGCUUUCUCACCGGACGCAGCAGCCCAGAGGUGUAA